GCAUAUAGUGUAAUUGCUGUAAUGAUUUACUGACCCAUUCUGUGCUUAGAAAAUGAAAGCUAUCCCUACAUGUUUUUAAAAACUACUACCACUAUACGUACGUAACUCGUGAGUUUUCACCUGUAAAUGAGUCACUCACAGCAUAACAAACAAUUUAUAAACUUGUCCUUGUUAUUGUUGUGUAGCGCCCUCAAUGUGUGAGAUUUCAUUAGUCAGAAAGAUGGCGGCCUUCUUGAGCGAUUUGGAACAUGCGGCACAAGUUAUUAUGGCACCCCCAGCCAUGAUAAACCACGAGCAGCGUCAGUCAGCAGAGCACGUCAUUCUUACCUUCAGGAAGUCUAAAGCUCCCUUUGCGGGUUGCAGAUACAUUCUAGAGAACAGCAAGGUCGACUAUGUAUUGUUCCAGGCGGCUAGUACAAUCAGGGAAGCAGUGAUAAGAGAAUGGAUUCUGCUGGAUCAUGAAGACAUUAAAUCAAUGCGAAGUUUCCUUCUUAAGUAUGUCAUGCAGAAUAUGAAACUACAGAACUAUGUCCGAGAGCAGAUCCUACAGGCUGUGGCUGUGAUCUUUAAGCGGGGCACCAUGGAAAUGAAAGACUCUGGGAGGGACGGGCUGUUUGCCGACGUCUCGCAGAUGAUCGCCAGUGGACAACCCUCAAUGCAAUUGAUGGCUUGUUCCAUGUUGACUGCAUUGUUGAAUGAGUACUCCAGUUCCAACCGUACCAGUCCAAUCGGACUCAGCUGGGAGUUCCACAACGACUGCAAAAGACUUUUUGAGAAUCAUGAUUUAAAGAGAGUGUUCCUGUUUGCGGUCCAAGUCUUGCACCAAGUAGAGGCUAACCAUGCUCCCCUCAGCCGUGAGGCCAUGACCGUCUUCAGUCGCUUCUUGGCAAUCACGGCCCACGUCCUCAGCUGGGACUUCCUACUCGUCAGGCCGCCCAGACGUAUCGUAGGUGUCUUUGAGUCCCUACAGACCCCGCCCCUGAAGCCAGAUGUCAACUGGAAGGACGUCCUGCUGGAUAAGGCAUUACUGCAGUUAUUUUUCAAGCUGCACAGUCGUGUGAGACAGAACACAGAGAUGUGCCAUCAUGCUCUGCAGUGCCUGGGUCAGAUGGCUUCAUUAAGUGGGCCAGUACUCAGUACGGAUAAGAUCACGCUGGAGUAUCUCUCUCAUUACAUACAGUGCCUUCUACAAAUGCUCAACAGUUCAGCCGUACAAACCCACGAAGCGAUCGGUAUUUCCAACAUAGUCAACAGCCUCAUUCUGAGAUUCCCUCCGAUGACCCUCGUGGCUCUACCGGUUGACCUCUUGACCUCCUUCAUAAGCUGCGUCUCGUCCCUCACGUGUCUUUUCGGGAGGAAUGCUGCAUUAGAGGAAGCGGCAUUUUUCCGCCUUACAGUCCAGGAGAACAGUAAAUCAGAGCUAGUCAAAUGCAAUCAGGUUUGGUUCAACUCCAGGUAA